AUCCAAAUAGACGGUUUUCUUUUCUCCUACUGAAAAUCAUGGAUAACCCUAAUUCACACAUCGGAGAAACAUGCGGUAAACGGAAAAGAGGAGAGAUUCAGGAAACAGGGAAAAUCGAUUCCGGUGGCUGUGAUGGCGAUAUUGCGAAAAUCGAUUCCGUUGGAUGUGGUGGGAAGAUUGCGAAAGCCGAUUCCGGUGUCUGUGGUGGCGAGUUAGCGAAAAUUGAUUCCGGUGGUGUUUCAGAUGAAAAGGAAACGAGAGAGGUAAAGGAAUUCAAAGAUAAAUACGGUUUACUUGAGCGAUACAAAGGAAAGAUGGCAUUCGAAUAUGACGAUUACGAUCCUGCGCGGAAAGAUGAAAAUUACGAUAGUGACGAAGCUGAACCUGUAAUUUAUAUGGGGGAGCCAGGGGUGGAGAUCGAAAGUAAGGAGAUUAAAAAUGAUGAUGAGAUAAAGGAGAUUGAAAAAGAUCCUUACGACCGUGAAACCGUUCUCAAAUACAUCAGUCAAGUCCGCAAUAGCUUUGGUUUUGAUGUGGAUGUGCGCGUUCCUUCUUGGCUGAUGCAUUAUCUGAGCUUCAUCCCCAUUGACUUGUCUUACACCAACGAUCAUGAUCGUAUGUAUAUGGCAGCAAAGUUUGCGAUUGGUGAAAUCAAUGUUGACAUGAAAAGCAAAACUUUCGAGCUUGUGGAUGUUGCUAAGGCUGUCGUCGUGUACGCCCCACGCUCUCUAUUGUUUUUGACUAUUGAUGUAAAAAAAGUCAAAGAAGAAGAAGCUGCUUGCAUCCAAGCAAUUGUCUAUCGACCCAAACCUAACACUUUCAAACUCCAUCAGUGGAAGGUUAAACCAGACGCCAGUCCUUGAUUCUUCCAUCUCUGCGUUUAUCCAUUUAUGCACUAUAAUAGUAGUAUUAGAUAUGCUAUGUUUGAACAACUCUUGUAGAAUCUAAGUCAACUUGUCACUUCUACCAAUUCAAGAAUAUUUUAAUUCCCUUUUACAAGUCAUAAAAUGCUCCAUUGUUCUA